AUGGCUAAUAGACUCGAAAAGACUCCAAGCUCGCAACUGAGCAAACAAUUGCAAAAAUUUGGGUCCAAAGUCUCCUCUCUAAACGAUUCCAGUGAAACCUUCAAAGCUCCCCCUCAUGAGAACAAGGGUGGCGAAGUGGAGGGUGUGAAUAGUUCCAUUUUGGAGGCGAAUAAGGGUUGUGCGAGAUCAAUUCGGGCACCUGACGGUGCAAAGGCGGAUGAAUGUAAAGACGGGCUUUCCCCUGCCAAGCGGAGAUACAGUCAAGAGCAGCAUUCCAGGUCCAGAAAUACACUUAUAAGAGUUUACUCAGAAAAUGAGAGGUCCAAUUUCAAUGAUUUUACAGGUGCCCGUUUGUACGACGACUUGAAGUAUAGGCCUGUACAUCACGAUGGCAGUAGCGGCUCUCCCGUGAGAAGCAGUCCAAUCGAUAUAGCAUCCAAGUCAAAGCGGCGACACUCUUUUGAAGAGGACCUUAAAAUUGCUCGAGUCGGGCCACACAUACCGGGAGAGACCUACAAUGACAUGCAGGAUGAAUACGUGCCGGACUUUGACUUCUCCAAUGUUGUUUCUCAGUGGCAAAGCGACGAGCAUCUCAAUGCUUCAGUCAACUCAACGGAGACCGAAUAUCCACGAGCUUACAAUGGGACAGACUAUGAUGCGGACCUCAGUCGUUCCUCCUCUAUGUCAUCCUCAUCCAUUAUUCUGCGUACAUCACACGCCAAAGUCGCCCCAAUUCCUUUACCGGAGGGAAAGCUACCAAUCGUGUCCCCGAGUCGCAUUCCUCAUCACGACCUGGGUACUAAUUUCAAUGACAAGCCAUCGCGGGCAUCUCCAUUGACGUACUACCGCACGAGACCUGCUCUCAGCAUACAACCAAACAACGAACACAUUAGGAAUUUCAAGAGGCAAAGAUCCGGUCAAGAAUUAGAUUCACCAUGUUCGCCUUGGACUGGUACUUCGGUGGCUGCGACUAGCUACAUCUCGUCGCAAGAUGGCCGUUUAUCGACAGAAGAUCUCAAGAGCAUCCUUGACUGCCUUCCUACGGACUUUUUUGGAUUGCCCUACAGUCGGAGAAAGAGGGUUCUGUUGGACAAGUAUCCAGGUAUUGAUUAUAAAUCAGUUAUGCCCCGUCUGAAAAAGACUCACCUGUCAUCAGAGAAUAGCAAUACCCAGUCGCAGGCCAAUGUGUCAAGACGCGGUUCUUUGGCGUCUCAGUACCUUAGCUCAUUCACCCCUUCUUCUUCCUCUUACAAGCCUAAUGACAAGGGCGCGGUUGUCAUGGGGCAUAUGUUAGGGAAAAUCAUUGGUUUCGGUGCUUGGGGUAUGGUAAGAGAGUGUUACCAGAUCAAAGAGGAUAUGAACAAAAGCGGAAUCUCCAGUGAGUCAAUGAAAGCUGUAAAGAUAGUGAGGUUCAGAAAUAAUGCCACGGUCAAAGCCAGAGUCCUUAAAGAAGUGGAGCUGUGGUCUAGACUGAAACAUAGCAACCUGCUUCCCUUGUUACAAUGGAAACUCGAUGAUGAUAACGCAGUAUACUGCUUAACAGAUAAAGUAAGUGGUGGAACGUUGUACGAUUUAGUCGCAUCAUGGGGCAAUGCUAAAGAUUCCGCGAUCGACCUCUCUCUUCGAUGUCAAGUAACUGCGAAUUUAGGGCUUCAGAUUGUAAGAGCUCUGAGAUACAUGCAUUCUCAACAUGUUGUCCAUGGUGAUGUUAAAUUGGAGAACUGCUUACUCGCAGAACGCUGUGAGAAUCAAUGGACUGUCAUUUUGUGCGAUUUUGGCAUGAGCUCUGAGUUUGGAAAAAACGAAGAUGAGCGAGAUAAUCAAGAAAUCUCUCGAAGCCCGUUUCUCACCCUGCGACGGGUCGAGGAGCCUCCGAAGAGCAGUCCGCUCCCUUCUGCUAAAGAGCGACCUACUAUUUCAAGAUCUGAGUCCAGCACCGAAACCACUCUUGGUCUUAAGCCUAAUAAACAGUUCAGAAACAAGCAUUUGAAUCUGGGAAACUCGCUGGUGGGAGUGAGCUCUUUUCCAAAAAAUUACGGACCGGGUUUAACUAGCACAAAUUUAUCUAGAAUUUUUCCGUCCAAAGGAGAGUUGACAGCACCCGGCAUUAAAAAAAGUGAAGGGGAGGCUUCCCCUGUCACCACCAACUUAGAAUCGACCCCAAGCAGCUGCAGUGAGGAGAAGGAAUCGCCUUCUUUGAGUAUUAUAGGAUCACUACCAUAUGCUGCACCUGAACUAUUGGAGCCCGUUCCACCGCCACUAGCACCAUCGGCCGAUGUUUGGGCUCUGGGGGUCACCAUUUAUACAAUGCUAAUGGGAAAACUUCUUUUCAAGCAUGAUUACGAACCGAGGCUGCGGGCGAUGAUAGCGGCUGCUAAAUACGACAGCCGGCCAUUGGAAGACGUUUGCAGCUCAAAUUCGAAUCAACCUCCCGACGGGCCAAAUACAUUAUAUCAAGCCGUGAAAGGAUCCCUUCUCAAGGACACCUCUGCAAGAUGGACAUUGGAUGCCGUCGGAAAUGCGUUACACGAAUAUGUUAAUUCACUUGAUGCCCUUCAAAGCUCUUGA